GAUUUUCUUAAAAUCUGAUAGGCGUGUGAAAAAACACAAAAAUUGAUAGGUAUUCUGUGAUAUUGCUCCGAUAGAAGCAACGGUAACCAUACAAUUCUUAUUACUGUUUUUAACCGCCAAAAACGAUGCUCUUCGCCGGAGUUCCUCUAGUCGGCGGCGGCGACCAACUCCUCCUCCACUGUAGGAGCCCAAGACUACUCUUCCACACCUUCAAACCGAUUGUAAUUAGUCCUUUCAUAGUUCGAUCAUCCUCAUCAAGCAUAAAAGAACUCGACACUUCAUCAUCAUCGGAGGCGGAAGAUGACCGGAAAUUGAGUUCCACGCUUAGCGGUUCAGUCUCAUUCCCUCCGGUUAAGGUUGCAAAGCGAGUGGUUUUGGUGAGGCACGGACAAAGCACGUGGAAUGCAGAAGGUAGGAUCCAAGGGAGCUCCGAUUUCUCGAUUCUUACUCAGAAAGGAGAGGCUCAAGCCGAGACUUCCCGCCAAAUGCUUAUCGAUGACUCAUUUGAUAUAUGCUUCUCCAGUCCCUUGAGAAGAUCAAAAAGAACAGCUGAAGUCAUAUGGGGUUCUCGACAAGAGGAAAUCCUCACUGAUUCAGACUUGAGGGAGAUUGACCUAUACUCAUUUCAAGGUCUCCUAAAGCACGAAGGCAUAUCAAAAUAUGGUGAAGCUUUUGCUCAAUGGCAAAAAGACGCCCCGAAUUUCAACAUAGAUGGUCAUUAUCCCGUGAGAGAAUUAUGGGAACGUGCUUCAAACUGCUGGAACAAAAUCUUAAUCCAUGACAGCAGAUCUGUUCUUGUGGUUGCUCAUAAUGCUGUUAAUCAAGCUCUUGUUGCUACAGCAAUGGGUUUAGGAACAGAGUACUUCAGAAUUUUACUUCAAAGCAACUGUGGUGUAAGUGUGCUAGAUUUUGUCCCACACCCUGAAGGUGGAUCUCCAUAUAUAUGUCUUAACAGAUUAAAUCAAACUCCAAGCUCCCCCAUUGCUUCCGGAAGCUCUGCAGGAAGGAAAGCUAGUAACCGAAUUGUACUUGUCUGCCAUGGAAUCCCUGAGGGUAGUGAUUCUGAAUCUGAUAACAGUGACAUGCCUAUGGACAUGCUUGGAACUAUACAGUCACAAAAAACAGCAGAAUUGCUUCUUGAUUUGAAGGUGAAAUCAAUAGUGAGCAGCCCUAGAAUCGCGCCAACCGAAACCGCUAAUGCAAUCGCUCGUGUUCAAGAAGCUGCUGAUUGUUUAGGUGCUGAUUGUGUGCCAAGAUAUGUAGAAACAAAGCAGAUGAAAGAACUUGACAUUCAAGACAUUCUUAAUCGUUCAAAAAAGGAAUCGAUUAAGGCAUUAAGUCUAGAAUCGGGGUGGGUGAAAGAAAUUGAAGAGGGAUUAUUGAGGGAAAUAUGGGAGAAAUCAGGGAUAGCGUGGAAAUCGGUGUUAGAUGAGUUAUGUAACGAAUCUGAAGCAGAAAACGUCGUCGUAGCAGUUGGAGAUCCGAUUGUUAACAUCGGGUUAUUAGGUCAUUGUUUAAACCUAACGAACGAGUGGAUGGGAUCGUUUCAUCUGGACGCCGGUAGCAUUAGCGUCAUCGAUUUCCCGGAUGGCACCGCCGGAAGAGGCGUUGUCCGGUGCAUAAACUACACCGCUCAUCUUGGACGGUGGUCGAUCCCCAUUACUAGACCUACGCAAGACGAUGAAGAAUUCUAGGCUCGAUAAUGUUUGUAAAUGCGAAGAAAAUAUUGUUCUAGUGAAAAUAAAGCCACUGUAAAAUCGAAAAUAGUGUUUUUUUUUUUUUUUUUUUUAAUCGUCCAAAGAUGUUGUUGUCAUGAAAGUAUGAAACGUCCAUAUCGUCCAAUACGACAUGAGAGUGAAAGGGCAUAUAGAAAAUGUUAUUGUCACCACAUUAACUCCUUCCGAUGUGUCAAGGUUAUCACUUUGUGUCUUUGAUGUUCUUUCAAAUCUUUUUCUAAAUGCGAACAAUCUAAAAUUGCCAAUCCACAUGUUUCAAAGCAGCCAAUUUUAAGCAAGAUAAUUACAACCAUAAUACACAUAUUAUUAUUCUAAUUAAAUACAUGGAAUACACCAAUAUAUCUUGUGCAUUGAAAAUUGUAAUUAUUCCGAACCGGUCCAUCUUGGUUCAUUCAAGAAUCCACAAGAGUUCCUCAUACAAUAAUCAAAUCUCAAAAAAGAAAACCACACAUAAAACUAGAACACAUAGACUUCACAUAAUAAAAUUUCUUAAUUCUUCCGAUUUAGAAAACCUCUAAAUCGUUUCAAAUUGUCAAAUACUCAUGCACACCAGCUACUGUGGGGUCUUGAAAGCAACAACCGGGAAAUCAAGAAGCACAAUCUUUUCGAUUGCGGCUGAAAAUGUGGCCGAGAAUUGCAUGUGAUUUGGGUGAGUUUGGAAAGCAGUGAAAUCAUCUUUGGAGCCAAAUGUCAUCAUGAAAGCAUGUGUGAAUCCUUGCCUUAACAUCUCCAUACUUUCAAUAUCCUUUCCCC